AGAGAGAAUGGCUGUAAACAUAAAAGAGGAAAAAAAAAUGGAGAACAUUGAGAUUAAAGAAGAGAUUCAGGAAGAUAUACUUCCAUCCUCUACUGUAGAGAAGACAUUUCCUACGCUGAUAAAAGAUCAGAUUUGUUCCAUCAAGGAAGAGGAAAUCCUUCAAUCUUCUACUGUAGAGGACACAUGUACAAUUUAUAUAAAGGAAGAAGAUGUUAAGAUGGAAAAUACAAAAGAAAAAGGUGAAAUAGUAAACCAGGAAGAGGAUCCUUUGCUGUCUGUUAAAUGUAAAACUCAAGGUGAAAUCGUCAACGAUGAGAAAGGGCCUAGUACGUCUAGUAUAUCAAGCAAAAGAAAACAUCUCUGCGAUAAGUGUGAGUAUACCUCAACUCGAUUAAUAGAUCUCAAAAGACAUAAAGAAAGUAAACAUGAAGGAGUGAGAUAUCCUUGUAAUAUAUGUGAAUUUAAUUUUACUAGACCUAGUAAUCUUAAAAUACAUGUUGAGAGUAUACACAAAGGGGUGUUACUUAUCUGCGAUAGAUGUGACUACACUACGACUCGAAAAAGUGAUCUCAAAAUACAUAUUGAAUGUAAACAUGAAGGAGUUAGAUAUCCAUGUGAUAAAUGUGGGUUUGUGGCAAAUCUGGCGAGCACUCUUAAAAAGCAUAUUGCAAGUAAACAUGAAGGAGUGAAACAUCCUUGUGAUAAUUGUGAUUAUGCUGCAACUACAGUAGGAGAUCUUAGAAAACAUUUUGAAAGUAAACAUUCAGGGGUUAGAUAUCCUUGUGAUAAAUGUGAGUACGCUGCAACUAGACCUAUUAAUCUUAAAACACACAUCGAGACUAUGCAUGAAGGAGUUAGGUAUCCAUGUAAACAAUGCGACUACGUUUCAACUUCUACAAAUGCUCUAUAUAGACAUAUUCAAAGUAAACACGAUGGAGUGAGGUAUCUCUGCAGUAAAUGUGAUUACGCUGCAAGCAGGCCAGGCCAUCUGAAAAGACAUGUCGAAAUCAUACAUGAAGGAGUAAGUUAUCCUUGUCAAUAUUGUGAGUAUUCUGCAACUAGACCAACACAUCUGAGGUUACACGUUGAGAGAAAACAUAAACAAAGUGAGAUAUCUCUAUGAUAAUUUGGAGUACAACGCAAUUACAAAAAAAAUAUAAAUUCCUGAUUUUAAAAAAUGUGUUGUACCAUUUUUAAAAGGGUUGUUCAUGUAGAUAGUAUUCUAAAAUUAUGAGCAAAUCAAAAGAUUUUCUGAACAAAUUUAGAAGUGACAUAAUCAAAUAUUUAAGUUUCUUAUUAAAAUAAAAAAACGCUUAAAAGGACUCUUUGUCUUUCUUGAAUACAAGAUUUUAUUGCGUUUUAUUACCGGGCAAUUGAAAAUUAGGGAUUUGCGUAAUAAUGCAUAUACACGAUGUUAAAUCUUUUAAGUUCUAAAUUUGUGUUACUAUAUUGUUAAAUCAUUGAUUGACGGUAACAGAACUAACUUUAAGUUUACACUCUGCCAAUAAAUAACAUUUUGUCUUUACAUUUAACUUUCUGUAGGGGUGGAUUUUCUUUUUUUUAUAGCCAAAUCCACCCCAGUUGAAACGGGGGGGGGGGGGAUUAUUAAAAGUAAACUUAAAAGGGAACACGCAUAAAUGAUAUUAAAGUUCAUCUUGAGAGAGUAAACACGAAGGAGUGAGAUAUCUGUGUGAUAAAUGUGAUUACACUGCAACUCAAGGUAGUAAUCUUAGAAAACGUUUUGGAAGUAAACAUGAAGGUGCAAAGCUCCGCCACAGUACGCUGCAACUAGAGCUGACAAUCUUAAAAAAACAUGA